GUUACUUCCUCCGGGCUUGUCAUUCGAACGGAUGAGGGGCCAGAACUCCGUGGAUCACUUGAAUCCAUUUCUGCUUUUGGCCGAAUGAAGCAGACUGGGAUCAGCUGUAGUCAACAAGAAGGCGAGAUGAAAGAAGAACAUAGUCUUUUGCGACUACAGGCAAUGGUUAUUGCUAAACGCCAUCGUAUGCUCUCCAUAAUAGAACUGUUGCUACGUCGCGGUGCUCAUCCUGAUGCGUCAAUCCAGCCUCUGCCCAGCCUCAUUUUGGCUGUACAGCAUGCCGAUGUCCAUUUGAGUCGAGCUUUGCUGGCCGCGGGAGCAGACCCAAAUCGGCCAGUAGUAGAAGUCAAUGCCACAGGACCGAAACUUCAGGUAUGGAAAUUAUGA